CACAGCACCAGAUGCUGCAUGUGUGUGGUCAACAAAUCUAUUAGCAAACGCUUCGGUUUAAUGACGUAAGCAGACUCUAAUUUUCUACGAUUGAAAUGGGAAACUACUUAAAAUGGUUGUGACAUCAUGAUAUUACAUGCGCUAUAUUUCCGGAAUAAACACUUGAAAUUUUGAUUGUUAAAAUCAACAUAGUGCUUUCGUACUUGGCGCUUAUGGAGCCACAAUAUAUCACGUGGAAAUUAGAAAAUGAAAUGUGUGUGCAUCACUUUGUUCACAUUACUAAGGCCUUCUCCCUAUCAACUUUUCACGUCACGUCAUCUAUGUCAUCUAUGAUCUUUAUGGUUGUCUAGUGUCGGAUGAACUUCAACAGUGGGUUUAUGACAAGUCUAAACAUAUUGCAUUAUGCCGCUUACCAACUUCCGUCUCAAAAAUAAUCACUUAAAAUGGUAAAGCCUUUAAGGGGACCUUUAAUUUGUUCUUGACCUUAAGCGGAAAGGUCAUUUUAAUGACGCACGUUCACUUGGAGUGGUAGAGCCUGCUCAGUCUCUUACGCACUGGCCAGCAUUGUGUGUGUAGCUAAUUAACUGUCAAUGACGUCAUGCUAAUUUUCAUAGAUUAUUGCAUUGCAAUAAGGCACUACCUAAUUAAAGUUAAGGUCCACAUUUGACUUAAAAUAGUAUGUUUUAAAGCACCCAUAAACUCGCCAGCCACCCCUCAAUAGUACCGUUAAUAGCGAUUCCUCGUUUCCUGUUAUCCAUGCAGACACAGAAAAAAAAAUAGACACAAAAAUGGUCCCAUCUGACAAGAAGCUGAAAAUGACUCAUUCCUAAAAUCAAGGAUUACUGUCCUAUUUGUGUGAAAUUAAUGUCUCUGGAGACUUUCACUUCGUUUCUCAUGAUAUUUGUCUUCGUUUUUAGAUGUAGUUCAGUGACUUUUGUUCUACAAGAUUUUCGCUCUACAGGUCUUUCUGUCUAUACGUGUUUUUUUGUGUCAUUUAAAGGAAAGUAGUAAUUGAGAGCCACAUGUGAUAUAUUAUUGCAUCAGCAAGGUAAACAAAGAACAGGAAAUAAGUCAUUUUGGGUACACAAACCACCGGUUUGUUUUUGACCGCUAUAAUUGGCGAUCAGUGGUUAAGUGCUGCUGCUAAUACAGAAGCUCUGACGCACUCGCCGCCUGCAUGUUUGCAGUAGAUAUCAUAUAUAAGUGAGGAAAUUGCAGGGAAGUUGUGCUAAACGGGUGGCAGAGGAGGCGAGAGAGCCAUCAGAAAAACAAGGUAGGCGGCGGUGAGUUUGAAGCAAGAGAACUGUAGAAGGUUUGUGGACAGCUAGCGUAACGUGAAGUUUGGUUAAAAUGGGUUAUAUUAUUUAUGCUUCGGUGAUUAUGAUUUAUUCCUAAAAUCAAAGAUUACUGUCGUUUUUGUGUGAAAGUAAUGUUUCUGGAGACUUUCACUUGGUUUCUUAUAAUUGUCUUCCGUUUUAAAUGUAGUUCAGUGUCCGUAAUUUGUUGCCUGUGCGAAAUGAAGAAAAGCACAAGUUUAAUCACUUAAGUCAGAUCAACGACGACAAAAAAGACUCUCAAGUGGAUACAAAGCGUUCUAACCCUCAAAUGCAUAUUUAUCGUAAACCUCACAGAUCACUUUCUCACGCACACAGCCGUGCAUGAUGAUUAUAUUGGGUAAAGACCUGUGUUAUGAUUUUUAGUUAUCUAUACCAUGUUUUUUAUAUGCACGUAUAUGUGCACUUGAAAUUCUUUUCAACUAUCUUUUUCUUCUUGAUUUUAGUUCGAGAAUCAAAGACGACUUGCUCGACUCCCACAACGAUACUCGCACUUAAGUAUCAGAAUGGGGAACGAUAGCUACAGUAACAACACAAGCUCAUUCCAGGAGGACCCUUUCUUCACCUUUAGCACCGUCUUCAAAAUCAUCCUCUGCGUCAUCGGGUUGCUAGGUAACGGGCUCGUCAUGUACGUCAUCAUGAGGUACCCCAAACUGCAUAACGCCCCCAAUCUGUACAUCCUGAACCUGUCCCUCGCACAGUUUCUGUACUAUGUCCGGGAAGUCAUACAGGUUGCGUUCAUGGUGAUCGGACCCUGGACCUUCGGUGUGGCGAUGUGCAAAGUUUACCGCUUUGUGUGGGCGGUCAGCAUUUUAGCGGGAUCUGCGUUUCUUGCCAUCCUAAGCGUCGAACGCCACCAGGCCGUGGUCAAUCCUGUCCGGAGUUGGCUUGACCACAUGGCCCAAGAACGGAGGGUAGCGUUUCGGAACGCAUGCAUCGUCUGGGGCAUCGUCGCGUUCCUGUGCGUUCCUCAUCUCGUCUUUGCAAGUGUGACUAACGUUGGUGCCAUGAUAGAUUGUUACUAUGUCGCCGUCGGGUCAAUGGACGCUCACACUUUCAACACGAUCCGCAUCUUCUAUUCCGUAGGACUGGGCUUCGUUGUCCCGCUCAUAAUCAUGGUCCCGCACUACGUUCUCCUCAUUGUAAAGCUGCGAGAGGUUCGGGCAGGAAACCGAGACGGGGGUAGUAACGCCUUGGGCCGCGUCUCCAGACUGGUCGUCGUCCUGGUUACAGUUUUCGUCGUCUUCAACCUGCCGGGUCACGUGGUGAAUAUUCUCACCAGUGUUUUCGGCAGCGUUAACUUAAGUACGUCGACCCAGUGGUUCACUUACGCCUUGCAAGACGUUUCGCCUUGUCUGAAUCCCGUCCUCUGUGCCGUCGUGCCCGAGAACUUCCGUUCCGCGGUCUUCAAGACGCUGUGCACCUGGCCCUUUCGUCCGAAGAACCAUCCACGCUCAAGCGUCGCCGUAACAACACCCGUGGACUGUGAGCCGAGAGCGCCCCCUUCCGUCUCUCAUGAAACUACUUUGUGAUUAUGUCACCGACAAAACUACGCAGAGUAAAAUCUGGUACAGGAUUACCAAUAUAA